AUGCCUGGUCAGCUAGUCAUUAACCCCCGAAAGGCGGCCGUCAGUCUCCGCAUCGUUAUUGUCGGUGGUGGGAUCGCUGGAAUCGCUACUGCCUUUACUCUUCAACGAGCUGGUCACAAUGUUACAGUGCUGGAGCGAACAGAUGGGACUGCAAGGAGUCAAGGUGGUCUUCGCUCCCCUCCCAACAUGACCCGCGUGCUCAACCACUGGGGGCUGGGUCCACAACUCGCCAAACUCGCCACCAAAUGUCCCCAAUUCGUGUUCAAUGAGCCUAACGGUGAGAUGAUGGGCUUGGUACAACUGCACGAGGACUUCCUUGUCGACCUUAUGGCCAGCUUUGUCUUCAUUCAACACGGUGAUCUUCAGUCGCUAUUGCUGGGACUAGCGGAACGGGAGGGCGUGGAAUUCCGAUAUAACGCCUCGGUUAGUUCGGUCGACUGCGAUGCGGUUAGUGUGACACUGGCGAGCGGAGAACGACUAUAUGCGGAUCUGGUGGUGGGAGCGGAUGGGCCGGCCAGUCUUGUACGGAACGAAGUUGUCGGAGAGAAGAUUACCGGUUACAAAGACGGUCACCUCAGCUUGACCCUUGCGAUACCAACGGAACUCAUGCGGGAAGACGAAGACCUUCGGCCUCUGACAGAAGAUGGCAAUUGGUGGGUUUGGCUCGGACCAUGUACCCUGAUCCACGCCAGUCUCGUCAACGGACGCAAAGCAUUUUCCAUGGUCAUCGCACUACAAAACGUUCCGCAAGAAAUUCUGGAUCAAUAUGACGAGAGUUGGGACACUUCGUACCCAAUUGAACACUUUGGGAUCGAUUUCAGCACUUUCGACAUAAGAGUGCAGAAGCUUAUGAAGCUCGUCCGCCAGGUUACCCCGACCGUCCAUAUACGCCGACCUAUCCUGGAAUCGUGUGUUUGUGAUCGAGCCCGAAUUGUCAUCGUCGGUGAUGCUGCACAUCCGCUUGUGCCUGCGGGCCAACAUAAUGCGGGAGUAUCGAUUGAGGAUGCAGAGACGCUUGGGGCUCUCUUCUCACGGAUACAACACCGUUCACAAAUACCGCGAAUGCUAGCAGCUUACGAGGAGAUCAGGCAACCACGAUGCAGCUAUGCUCAAGAUUGGGAGUUGAGGAAACGAACGAUGAUGAGUGCGCCGUUAGGACCGGAACAGAAGGCUCGUGAUGCUGGAAUUCGGCGAAUGACGCUCUACAGUGACUGGGAGCAUAUUGAUGAGAAACGUUUUAUGGAGAUGUGGGGUGAUGAGAUGGAAAUGUUCUCGCAUUUUGCCACAGAACGAGUGGAUGACUGGUGGACAAAGUGGGGCAGUCUUCUGGCGCGUGACACGGGAAAGCCAGAAGUACCGCUGACGCCAACUGUGGAAGUUUCGAUCUCAUCUGGCCAGCAACGGUCGACCUUUGUUUAUUAA